GAGAUGAUUAAAAAUGCUGAGAAAAGAGCGGAGGCGUUAAGGGAGAGGCUUAAAGUAAAGAAUGAUGAGAAGAUGAAGGCGUAUAUAAAAGCGCAGGAGGACGACAAUGAUAAGAAGAGGAAGAAACAAGAGGAGUUUAUAUUGUGGAAUCCUGAGGAGGAGAAGGAGAAGAAGAAAAAGAAGAAAACCCAGGGGAAGGACACUGGGGCUGCGAAGAGUAAUGUUGGAGCGGCGGAAUCGUCGGGAGGGCAGCAAAAUUAGG